AGGCCAGUGCGAUGUACGACUGUACGUUUGCGUAUAAAAAGAAAUGCAUGUUUUAUAAUGCCUGAAACAGUGUAGAAAUAUAUUUGCACAAAUGCCUCGAGAAAAGAGUAAAUAUCGAGACAAAAGGAGUUCAUCUUACAGUUCUGAAUCGUCAUACGACCGAAAAAAGUCCAAAAGUAAACAUAAACGACGUUCUCGCUCUAGAGAUCGAUCAGAAUCUAGCAGUCAACUACGAAAACGGUCAAGUUCACAUUCAAAAUACAAAAGAAGGAGUUAUUCUAGGAGUCUUUCGAGAGAACGGUAUGAGAGCAAGUCGAAGCGUCGGUCAUCUUCGCGUUCAAGAUCUAAGAGGUCCAAACAUUCCCGAGAGCGUUCACAUUCAAGAUCUAAUUCUAGGAGCCGAUCGGCAUACAACAAAAGUAAGCGAAAGAACAGAAAAAGAUCACGUUCUUCUAGUAGUAGAUCCAGUUCAUUUGAUAUAGAACCCCGUAAGUUUAAUUUAGAUGACACAGAAACAAAGAUUGAGAAAGCAAUUAAAGCUGCAGAGGCAGUUGGAUUAACUAUGACCAAAAUACCAACCUAUGAAUACAAGGAAGUAGAGGUCAAAGAAGAAAUGCCAACAAUACAUGAUAGGAAUCUUCUGGCAGAAUUAAACAGUGACUCAUUUGUGCAAAAAUCAUUCACAUCGUCAAGAAACAAGAAACAAAACAUUGUUAUUGAUUUAAACACAGAGACUGUAAAGGUUGCAGAGCCAGAAUUUAAAGAGCAAAAUGAUGAUUCUAUUUUAAACUUUAAUGAAAUCCCCAGUCAAGAAGAACGAAUGGAGAUGUGGAUAAAGAAAUUGUAUCAGUAUAGAAAGAAAAUGCUGAAAGAUGAAGUGCAAUGACUUUACAAUAUAAAUCUUUAGAAACUACAGGAAUGUGAAAUAAUAUAAUUAUAUACAUAUUUAAAAUUCAAACACCAUCAUUACAUCUUCAGUCUUAGAUUUCAAUUAUUUUUAUUGCAAAGUAUUUAUUACUUUUGUAUAUGAUAAUUAUCCAAUGUUCUUAUUAUAAAUAAAAGGGAGACAUAACCUAAAA